GACCUUGAGGAAAAAAGAAAAAAAGAAAACCCUCGUCUCAUCUCCAAAAACCCCUAAAUUCACUGUCUUGCUGACACUGAGGGGGGACGACCUCAAAUGGCUCCCUUUAUCCGAACCGCUCAAAGAACGCUUUGCUAUUCUUCUUCCUGGUCUAAAGCCACACAAAUUCACCAUCUUUCUCUCCGACCGCGUUAUGCCAUUUCUCCUUCUCUAUUCCAAGCCAGACCCUACGCUUCUGAAUCCACAACCAAAUCGCCCUUCGACGAUAACAUCCUCAGAAUCCUCCGCACUGAGAUCCAGUAUCAGUCCGAGUACGCUCCUCCCCAGAAGCCUGUAACGAAAUUCAAUUCUUUUACGGUCGAAGAUCGACCGGGUGAACAAUGGAUCACAAUGAGAAGGAAAUUUGGAGACACCGAGAAUAUUAAGAUCGAAGCCACUAUGUUUGACGGGUGCGAACCUGUUCCUAAGCUUGAAGACCACAUAUACGGAGGCGAUGUGCGCCUUCACCUUAGCUUGCUUGUUGAUAUCUCUAGGGGCGAUGGUUGUAAUGAAUUGGAGUUUCUGUGCUCGUCUUGGCCCGACUCUUUGGAGGUUCAGAAAGUUUAUAUACUUAGGCGCAAUCGAAUGCUGGCUAGGCCUUACAUGGGACCUGAUUUUAGGAAAUUGGAUGCUAAGAUUAGGAAGACGCUUAAGGAGUACUUAGAGGCAAGGGGAGUAAAUGACGAUCUCUCUGGUUUCUUGCAUGAGUAUAUGAUGAACAAGGACAGAAUUGAACUUAUCCGGUGGUUGAGGAGUGUCAAGACUUUUGUAGAAAAAUAGGGAGAAUACGCUUUUUAGAGUUUGUCUGAGAUUCAUUGAUCCAAAUUUCUAAUUUUGAUUUUGAUUGGAGAAAGUCACUGCAGUGGGUACUCAAUGUCACUGCAGUAGGUACUCAAUUUUCCAUGUUUUGUAUGCAAGAAUCAGUUAGAAUAUUAUAGGCGUAUACAGCAUGUAGCCACUCGAUACCGAAUAUGAAAUCAGAAGCGGCCACUUUUUAAGUGCGGC